AUGGAUCCCCAACGGAAGAAGAAACGGACCGGCUUCACCAUCGGGCUGCUUUUCCUCUCCGGAGGGAUCGAGUACGCGGUGAUCCUGCCCACCAUUUGGGCCUACCUGCAAAAGCUGAAUGCCGAACCCUACUACUUGGGCCUGGCUCUCUCCGCCUUUAGCUUCGCUGGCUUAAUCACGGGCCCCUUCUUUGGAUAUUGGUCCGAUCGGACCCAUCGAACCAAAGGGAGCAUCAUGUUUGCCAACUUAUUUCAGAUAGCAGGAAACUUCAUGUAUUUUGUUGGUGGCUCCAAAUGGAUGCUCCUUGGCAGCCGACUAGUAGCAGGUGUGGGAACUGGAGCAGGUGCUUCCAUCUUUGGCUACCUCACCCGUUCCACCACUUCGCAGGAGAGGUCCAAGGUCUUUGCGGCCGUCAUGGCCUGCCGCCAGGUUGGGCUUCUUAUUGGGCCAGCCUGUAACCUCUUCCUGCGCCUGUGCAAUUUCCAUCUGGGACCCUUUGUGGUCAAUAAGUUUACAUCCCCUGGGCUCUUCAUGUGUCUGGUGUGGAUUCUGCUUCAAGUGAUUGUGAUGGUGAUGUACUAUGACAUCCAGCCACCGGCUCACACGGCAAGGACCAUAUCGACGAUGCAGCGGGAGGCCUUGGAAGAGGAGCAGAAGCCACUGAUACGACAUGAGGUUGGCCGAGAAGAGGCCACGGGAGGGACCUGCUAUGGCAGCACCCCUGUGGGACCUCCGCAACCUUCCCUUGGCGACGAAUGUCGGUAUGUGCCCAAUGGACACUUGGCAGAUGAAGAAUCAGCUGAAGAAGACAAGAAUCCCUUCCAUCAAUUUAGCUCUAUGAAAGAAUACUUGCGGGAGGAAGUGGUGGUUCUCCUCACCGCCCAGUUCAUUACCCUCUUCAACCAAACGGCGUUGGAGACUAUGGUGACUCCAAUUACACAGAAGUAUUUGAACUUUGGAGAACUGGAGAACAGCAUCAUGUAUUUCCUGUGUGGUGUGGAGGUCAUUGCUGGCUUCUUCCUGGUGCACUUUCUCAGCAUCCGGCUAUCAGAUCGGAUCAUCUUGCUCAUGGGUCUGGUCAUCUGCAACGUAGCCUGUGUCUGGUGCCUGCUGUUCCUGGCACACCCCCGAGGUACCUUUGCUGUCCUCCUCACGGAGCUGGUAGUGGGGGUCUUCUUGCAGGUCCUGGGCCUGCCCUUCGUCGCUGUCUCCCAGGUGUCCCUCUUCUCCAAAGUCACAGCAGAGAGAACACAAGGGUUCAGCCACGGACUCCGUCGCUCUGUUGGGGGAAUUGCCACCAUCCUUGGGCCUCUGUGGGCCGGGGGAUUGACGGAUAAUCUGUACAUCAUGCUCGGAGUGAUGAUGGGGCUGCUCAGCCUAUUGACGAUCAUGGUGGGGCUGUCCUACAGAUACCUGGUCGAGAUCCCAAGUGAACACCUAUUGCCACGAUCAACCCAGGAAGAGUCCAACUCAUGAGGACCUGCU